UAAGGCUCCGAUGUAGUGCUUGACCUCAGAACAACCCCAGAAGAGACAUGGUGACCAAUCGGGAUGUGUUGUCAGUAUUUCAUAUGCAAGGAACACAACAAAUGUAGGUGAGCAUUGCUACCGAGGCAGAUUUACACAGCGGUAAAAAAAAAAAAACACACAAAAAAAAACGUGUAUUGAAACCAAAACAGUGGAUAAAUCGUUCAAUUUACCAGAGUAGAAAUGACGGGAACACACUUAUUCCAGCAGAAAUAUGAUCAAAAGAAUUGCUUUUCCGACGAACCGCCGCGACCCAAGCCAUCCGUCGUGCCUUCGUGGUCUCUGAUUGAAGGGGAAUAUUGGAAUGUGUUGCUUUCAACCUAUCAAGCUGACUCCGCAAAAUAGUGAACAUAACAUGUUUUCUCGUCAAACCGUGUGAAGGGAAUGUUAUUCAACCUUAUCAAGCUGCAAGGUACAGCCUGACCGCAAAAUCAAAAAGGGAGUAAGGAUUCUCGAAGGCCGUAGGCCGUGCGAAACGUCUAAGGGAGAUCCAAACAUUCUCAGAAGCCGUGUGAAACUCGAACGGGAGGGGAAGUUACGAGGCGCAGUACUUGCUAUAAAGAAGCGAUGGCGACAAGUACAAUUAGAGUCCGCUGUGGGAUUACGCGCGGUCGCCCAGCCUUGGUAUUUCUUCGCUCACUAUUACUGAGGACGCCCGGCUCUCCGUCCUUCCAGCACACGCCUGACAAUUGAUAAUGUGAUGUGGAGGCGGUUUAUUGGGACAUCUACUGGGAGAUCGCUACGGCUCUGCAUGGUGGAGGACGCUCGGGGAGUCCGGUGUCCAAGGAAGGUCGUCCCUGCUCCUCUGGACCCCCCCCCCCGCCCCCUGCACCCCAGGAGUCAACAAUACAGGAAGGGUUCGCAGGGCUCCCAUGGUGGCUGCAGGAUGCCUCAUCACGGUCACGUCUGAAACACCUGUCGGUCGGUCUGUGGCAUCUCGACAACAAAACGUGUCACAUGACCGAGGUCACGUCUGACCUAUGGAUCUCGAACAGCACGGAAGUUCGAGGGAUCGGAUGAAUUGCUCCUGUUCCUUUGGAUCCCCCUUCUGGUCCCUUUGCCCCCUUGUUUGCCCCCUUUGUCCCCAGAUUGAAGAAAACGCACACGGAGAUUCACUGGAUCGUCUUGUUUCCCCCUUUCCCCACAUGUGCCGCACGGAAACAGCGUGCAUGGUACGACACCCUUCUGGGUGGAACCGGAACCGUGUUAAGCAUCUCUAACACGAUUGAUGGAGAAGUCACCAGAACUAUGUUGUCUAACACCGGAAGUGACAUUGCGCACGGUCUCUCGACCGUAGGGCUUUGGAUGCCCACAUCUAUCGCGCCUCAUGAAGAAGCGGCGUCUUUAUUCUUAGCACAAUUGUCAUGGGAUAAAGGGAUGUGGGAUGCAACACAAGAAGUAUUAACACCUAUAAUUAAUACAUGUACACCUUUGACACAAUCAGUGAUAACUACGAAAAUGCACUGGAAAGUGGUAUUCCCUGUUUUUCCAUCGUGUGCUCGGAGGAAGAGAGAGUGGUAUGACACGUUGUUAGGAGGAACGGGAACGUUAUUGGGGGUAUCCAAUACCAUUGAUAAUGAGGUAACGCGAUAUAAAUUAGCUGGAACCGGACAGGGAACUCAUGAUGCCCUACUAAAAGUAGGAAUGUGGCUUCCUAAUUCAAUAGUGGGACAAAAAGAAAAUGCUAAAUUAUGGCAGGACGUAUUUAAAUGGGAACUGAAUAUAUGGAACGCCACUAGCAGUGUUUUAACCAACGUGACUAAACAGCUAAACUGGACCACAUGUAGCAUACAAUACCUACAUGCACAGGCGCAGAAGGAGCGUUUUGUACGAAUGAUGACUACAGGGAAUUACCGGGAGUGGCGAAGUGUUUGGAAUAUAUCCUCUGAGUUAUGGUUACAGUUACAUUCGGAAUAUACGAUUUGUAAUACGACCGAAUGUAGGGGAUAUUGGACACAAUACACAGUAACCUCAAACGUUACCGUAUGUAAAUUCCAGGUAUUACCCGUAAUAACUGAACUAGGCUAUUGGUUUUUGCAUAUAGAAGGUGAAUGGUUUAAUUCGGGAACGAACCAAACCUUUAAUACCGAUCUUUGCGAGAACACAGAUAAAGGACUAGCUUGUAAAUUGCAUCACGAAUUUGUUAAUCCUUGCUUAACAAAAGUAGACUUCGCCUUAUGCGAUUGGUCAAGGGAACCGAGUAGGGACAUUUUGUGGCAGGUGGGACCACAUACCCUUUGUGUGGCCACUGCCCAAAAUCACUCCAUGUUGCCAACGGUUCCAUUUGUAGGAUGCCUACGUAAUGUUCGUUUCUUUCAGUGGGGAAACGGGACGUAUUGGUUGACAAAUUACACAGUUGCUAGCCGGUUUACGGCUGUGCAAUGGGAAGUGUUACAUACACCAUGGCAAAUCUCUUUGGAGCGUUUCAAAUGCGCAUUGGAACAAUCCACUGAGAUAAAGAAAUUGAUUAACUCACAUGCGUCCAAUGUUUCCCAGCUGAUGGUAUCAACGUUAAUGGCUAAAGGAGAAAUUUUGCAUGCUGCUAAAAUUACAAUCUGCUCAUCAUUGGUGGGACAUAUUUACAGGAUUAUCACAAACUGCUAGAGUAACGCUGCUUCCACCAAUGAUUUUAGUCUUAAUCGCUAUUGCUUUAACUACGCUAUGUAAUAUUGGAAUUUGUUGCUAUGUCAAACGUCUAGAGGACCAGGUUGCCCGGAAAAUAUUUCAUCAGUUAGAAUUAUGAGGGUACUGGUAGAAACAAUAGACUUAGACGGGGUAGAUGCAUGCGUAGUAACUAUAACUACUGAAGAAGGGGGGCAUAUCUUGGACUACCAAGAUAUGAGGGGUGGAUUCUUUUAUCGCCGUAUAGAGCGACACCCUGACCGUGUAAAUAUGCUUAUAGCCGCGGUGUAUGAAAUAGUAACCGAUGCUAAUUUGUGGGGGGAUCCCUGGUUUCAAUGGAUUCAGCAAAAUUGGAGACAUUAUACAGUAGGAUUAAUAAAUUAGAGUUGAUUUGGUUUAAAACACCAGGAGUGGAAUGUAAGACAAGGCCCCAAAGCCUUAUAUAAAGGAAUGUUGUUUUUAACCUCAUCAACUAACAUCAAGCAACCUAUCAAGCUGACUCCGCAAAAUAGUGAACAUAACAUGUUUUCUCGUCAAACCGUGCAAAAGGAAUGUGUUAAGUUUGCACAAGGCCUAAUUAAUUAAUCAGGACUCGGCUUGAUGUGGUUGAAAGCACCAGGAGUGGAAUGAAGGGGAAUAUUGGAAUGUGUUGCUUUCAACCUAUCAAGCUGACUCCGCAAAAUAGUGAACAUAACAUGUUUUCUCGUCAAACCGUGUGAAGGGAAUGUGUUAUUCAACCUUAUCAAGCUGCAAGGUACAGCCUGACCGCAAAAUCAAAAAGGGAGUAAGGAUUCUCGAAGGCCGUAGGCCGUGCGAAACGUCUAAGGGAGAUCCAAACAUUCUCAGAAGCCGUGUGAAACUCGAACGGGAGGGGAAGUUACGAGGCGCAGUACUUGCUAUAAAGAAGCGAUGGCGACAAGUACAAUUAGAGUCCGCUGUGGGAUUACGCGCGGUCGCCCAGCCUUGGUAUUUCUUCGCUCACUAUUACUGAGGACGCCCGGCUCUCCGUCCUUCCAGCACACGGUAAUGAGAUUUAUGUUAUUGCAUGUAAUCUAUGAGCUGAAAUACAUUUGUUGCUUGCUUGCUUGUACACUUUAUACUGUGGGUUAAAUAAAAUGUGCCGCUUGUUUAACGCAGUGAAGUGUUAU